AUGGCGCCGGCCCCGAGCGCGGCAUCGAGCAGCGAGGCCCGCGAGUUCUCCGUGCGCUGUCCCGUCCACGGCAUGAUAUCGUUGCCCGCACUGCUCCGGCGCUUCAUCGACCACCGCUGGUUCCAGCGCCUGCGCCACAUCUCGAGGCAGCUGUCCAUGUCCUCGCACGUGUACCCGGGAGCGACGCACACCCGCUUCGUGCACAGCAUCGGCACGGCCUACCUCAGCUACGAGAUGGUGCGGCGCAUCCAGAGGCGGCAGCCGGAGCUGGAGGUCGAGGAGAAGGACGUGUUAUGCGUGGCGCUGGCGGGGCUCCUGCACGACAUCGGGCACCCGAUGUUCUCCCACAUGUUCGAAAAGUUCGUGCAUGCGGUGGCCUCAGACGAGAGCCUCACGGAGGAGCAGCGCAGCGGGUACAUGCAGUGGGAGCACGAGCACGCCUCCAUCGCCUUCGUGCGGCUGCUCUGGCGGGAGCCGGACAUGCGGGCCGCCCUCGAGGUUGCUGGCCUCGGCGACCAGGAGCUCGAGUUCGUGUGCGCCCUGAUCCACCCGCCAAAGAAGCAGCUCCUCGACGCCCUGGGCCGCGGCUGCCUCGGCGCCGAGUGGGCCUCGCUGGUGCCGUUCAGGCCGAAGGAGAAGAGCUGGAUGUUCGAGGUCGUGUCGAACUGGAGGUGCGGCCUCGACGCGGACCGCUUCGACUACUUUCGGCGAGACGCACACGCGCUUGGCAUCAAGAAGGAGUUUGACCACGGCCGCUACAUGAACUCGGUGCGCGUGGUGUUCGACGCGGCUGGCGGGAUCUGGACUCUGUCGCCGCCCGACAAGGAUCGCGAUUCCAUACGCGACGAUAUGUUCGAGCUGCGCCGGUCCCUACACCGCACUGCGUACCAGCACAAGACCGUGCAGAAGAUCGAGAAGCACAUGAUUGAUAUCCUGCUCAGCAUGGAGCGCUGCGGCUUCUCGGUCGUCGGGAAGGGCGGCGCGAGGGUCAAGAUGAGCCAGGCUGCAGUGGACUUCGACCCCGCGGCCUACAGCCAGCUGCUCGACUCGCUCGUGGAGCAGCGGCUCGUGGAGAUCCAGGAGCCAGAUGCCCCGCUCAGCCAGGCGUGCAGGGACUACGAGCAGCGAGUGUUGAAGCGGAAUCUGUUUAGACUCGUGGCCGACUUCGAUGUCCCGAGCAACAUGGACUUUGCAAAGCAGGAGGACAAGAUAAUCGACAGGAUGCUGAAGGUCUACGAAAGCCUGCACGCGUGCAACAAGAUGCGGGACCUGCUCCAGGAGUUCCACGGUUCUGGCGCAAAAGCCGACAGCUUCGCAGAGGCCCACGUCCUCAGCCGCUCCAUGUUCCGGUGCAACGUGGCGGAGUUCCACCAGGGCAGUGGGCGGGAGGACCCUCUGCGGAGGGUCGUCUUCCACUCGUCCAAGGAUCCGAGCCGGGUCGGCAAGCUGCUGCGCGGCGAGCAGGAGGCGCCGCCCCUUUCCCAGAAGGUCUUCGUCUUCUUCGACGCCGGCACGGAUCGGCAGGAGAUCAAGUCCGCCCGGACCGACGGUCUUAUGUCGAAGAACUGA